AUGAAGCCAACCAUCGAGGACUCAAUCGAGUCGUUCGCCCUCCGCUUCACCCGCCAGAGGAAGAAGCUCGGAUGCCUCAUGAAUCACGCUCUCUUCCCCAAGAAAUUCACAGCUCUCAAGAUGCUCGACUACAAGCUCUGCAGCAUUCAAAUAGAGGUCAAGAAGAUCAGUAGUCGAACAAACACCCUCGAAGGCAGCAGCAGAGCGGGAAGCCUGUCGCAGCAGCCAGAGUGUGAUGACACUGAUGAACUAGAUGGUGAAGAGAUGCAAGAGGUUCCAUUUUCUUCCAAUGAUGAAGAAACUGAGAGCCUCAACUCAAGUAUACAGAAUCUGCGCAGUACUUCGAUAAUUCGAGAGCGGAUAGAGCACUCCAAGCUCAUGUAUAGCUACUCCUACAAUGAGGAAGAGCUACCAAUUGUUGGAUACCAAGGUAAGGUGGAUGAUCUGCGGCGUAGGCUGUUGAGUCCGGAUGACGGCCGGGUAAUCCCCAUAGUAGGCGAACUGGGCUCAGGCAAGACGAUGCUGGCUCGUGCUGUUUAUGGGAACAGAGCCAUCACCAAGACGUUCAACAGUGCUGCUUGGGUGACUGUUUUCGAGAAAUCUACAACCACAGAUAUCUUGCUCGCCUUGCUGAAUCAGGUGACGAAAACUGAAGUCCAAGAUGGGACAAGAGAGGAGUCACUCAAAAACAGGCUCGCGCAGGAACUGAGUGGCCGGAGAUACUUCGUCGUGUUGGACGGAGUUCAGACUUUGGAGCAAUGGGAAAGGAUAAGGCAUGCUUUCCCAGAUCAAGAAAAUGGGAGCAAGAUCAUCCUCACCACUUGUUACGAGGGCGUAGCUGAUCCAAAGGGGCGGAGGUAUAACAUGGAGAAGCUGAAUCAUGAAGAGAGUUGGACUCUGUUCAUGGCAAAGGUGGGAUCACAUCAAGAUACCAAAUGCCCAGUGAAGAAGAGGAUCAUCAAGGUUUGCCAGGGGCUGCCGUUGAGCAUUGUCCUGCUCGGCAGCCUGUUCUCGAUGAAGGACAGAAGUGAGUGGCCCAAAACACUCGACCGCCUCAGAAAUUGGCAGGCAGCCGACAUAAUGAAGCUGAGCUACAACGACCUUGACAACCACUUGAAACUGUGUCUCAUCUACAUGACACUAUUUCCUAGAGAGAUGGACAUUCCAGUGAGUAGGCUGCAACGGUUGUGGCUAGCCGAGGGGUUCGUGGAGCAGCCACGUGAGUUCCACAAAGAUGUGAAGCAGCCACGCGAGUUCCAAGAAGACGUGGCGCAGGGGUAUUUCGAGAGCCUGGUGAAACGCAGCUUGAUAAUGGUGUCGAAGCAGCGCUCAGAUGGGAGCGCUAGAAAGUGCCGGCUGCAAGGCGCCAUCCAUGACUUUUUGCUGGAACAGGCUCAGGAUAUCCACCUUUUCCACGUCCAUCCCGGAUCAGACGAAAGCUUGGCUGGGAUGCGGAGGCUCAUCGAAUGCGCUGAUGCCGGGAUUGUCCCACCCACUACUGCUCCAAUUCGACAUACGAGGUCUUACAUAUCAUUCAAGCUACAGAAAAAGGAUAUUCCAGCAAAGUAUGUGUGCUCACUUGUUAGAAAAAUGGGGAAAGGGUUAGGCUUGUUGAGGGUUCUUGAUCUUGAGGGAGUGUACCAACCUUGUUUGCCGGACAAUCUAGGGGACUUGUAUCAUUUGAGGUAUCUCGGAUUGAGGUGGACAUUCAUCGACAAGCUUCCAAAAUCUGUAGGCGAACUCCCUCAUCUCCAGACAUUAGACCUUAAGCAUACACGGAUAGACAAGAUCCCGAAAACUGUUUGGAAACUGAAGAAUCUCCAGCAUCUCAAUCUCAACGAAGUUCAUCUAGACAAGGACACACCUCUGCACUUCCGCGAGUCCUUGCCCGAUCUCCUAACUCUGCUGGGGUUAUCAGUCAGCCACGAGACCCCAAUAAAGAAUGGCCUGAGCAAGCUGAAACACCUAAGAGAGCUAGGCAUUUCUUUCCGUUGCAUCAAGCUCAGUGAUGAUCAUGAGAGAUGUCAAGAUCCUUUGGUGGAGUGGAUUUCCGAGCUAACUGAUCUCCAAUCAUUGAGGUUGCGAUCCAAAGAUGAUGCUGGGAACCCUUUACGCCUUAGUUUAAGGCCGUUUUCACGCUUGGAGAAACUCUCCCACAUGAAGUUCAAGAUUUCAAAGAACAACUAUGAGCUCAAGAUCAGGAUGAUUCCUUGA